GGCGGGGGUGGCCAGGAUCUGAGCUGGAGCCUGGGAGCCCGGAGGCCAGGCAGGUGAGGCGGGAGACCCGGAGGUGGGGGUGAGGUCCGGUUAGUGGGAGAGAUCCGGAGGUGUUAAGUUCUGAGCUGGGCUGAGAAGGUAGGCUGGGAGGGGAGACAGGCUCUCGGUGGGAGACCCAGCGUGGUCAGCUGGCGGGGUAAGCUGAGGGAGGACCCAGGGCCAGGUCGAGAGCCGGCAGGGUUGGGGGCUCCCUAGGCGGCAGGCAGGUAGGCUCAAGGGUGAGGCUGUUUUUUUGUUUUGUUUGUUGUUUGUUUUCUGUUUUUGAGACUGAGUCUUGCUCUGUCACCCAGGCUGGAGUGCAGUGGCAUGAUCUGGGCUCACUGCAACCUCCGCCUCCCGGGUUCAAGCGGUUCUCCUGCCUCAGCCUCCUGAGUAGCUGGGAUUACAGGUGUGCACCACCACGCCAGGCUAAUUUUUUUAUUUUUAGUAGAGAUGGGGUUUCACCAUGUUGGUCAGGCUGGUCUCGAACUCCUGACGUCGUGAUCUGCCCGCCUCAGCCUCCCAAAGUAGUGGGAUUACAGGCAUGAGCCACCACACCCGGCCUGAGGCUGAUAUUAAGAAGUGAAGUGGGAUGCAGGUGGAGGUGAGGAAGAGUCUGGUGGGGAGUUAUCUCAGAAGUGAGGCCAGCACAGGCUGAGCACAGCCCAAGGGUGAGAGGGUGCCCACGGAGAGGACGCCGCAGUGAGGCCCUAGGCCACGACCGAGGGGUGCCUCCGAUGGGGGAAGCCCCUCCCUGGGGGUCACCAGAGCCAUGCUGUCCCGCAAGGGCAUCAUCCCCGAGGAGUACGUGCUGACACGCCUGGCGGAGGACCCUGCCGAGCCCAGGUACCGCGCCCGCGAGCGUAGGGCCCGCUUUGUGUCCAAGAAAGGCAACUGCAACGUGGCCCACAAGAACAUCCGGGAGCAGGGCCGUUUCCUGCAGGACGUGUUCACCACGCUGGUGGACCUCAAGUGGCCACACACGCUGCUCAUCUUCACCAUGUCCUUCCUGUGCAGCUGGCUGCUCUUUGCCAUGGUGUGGUGGCUCAUCGCCUUCGCCCACGGCGACCUGGCCCCCAACGAGGGCACUGCUGAGCCCUGUGUCACCAGCAUCCACUCCUUUUCGUCUGCCUUCCUUUUCUCCAUUGAGGUCCAAGUGACUAUUGGCUUUGGCGGGCGCAUGGUGACUGAGGAGUGCCCGCUGGCCAUCCUGAUCCUCAUCGUGCAGAACAUCGUGGGGCUCAUGAUCAACGCCAUCAUGCUUGGCUGCAUCUUCAUGAAGACUGCCCAGGCCCACCGCAGGGCCGAGACCCUCAUCUUCAGCAAGCACGCAGUGAUCGCCCUGCGCCACGGCCGCCUCUGCUUCAUGCUGCGUGUGGGCGACCUCCGCAAGAGCAUGAUCAUCAGCGCCACCAUCCACAUGCAGGUGGUGCGCAAGACCACCAGCCCCGAGGGUGAGGUGGUGCCCCUCCACCAGGUGGACAUCCCCAUGGAGAAUGGUGUGGGUGGUAACAGCAUCUUCCUGGUGGCCCCGCUGAUCAUCUACCAUGUCAUCGAUGCCAACAGCCCACUCUAUGACCUGGCACCCAGCGACCUGCACCACCACCAGGACCUCGAGAUCAUCGUCAUCCUGGAAGGCGUGGUGGAAACCACGGGCAUCACCACCCAGGCCCGCACCUCCUACCUGGCCGAUGAGAUCCUGUGGGGCCAGCGCUUUGUCCCCAUUGUAGCUGAGGAGGACGGACGUUACUCUGUGGACUACUCCAAGUUUGGCAACACCAUCAAAGUGCCCACACCACUCUGCACGGCCCGCCAGCUUGAUGAGGACCACAGCCUACUGGAAGCUCUGACCCUCGCCUCAGCCCGCGGGCCCCUGCGCAAGCGUAGCGUGGCCAUGGCCAAGGCCAAGCCCAAGUUCAGCAUCUCUCCGGAUUCCCUGUCCUGAGCCAUGGUGUCUCGGGCCCCCCCCCCACCACGCGUGCGUACACACAGACCGUGUGGUAUGGUAUGUAGCCCAGCCAGGGCCUAGUGUGAGGCUGGGCCAGCCUCAGCUCAGCCUCCCCCUGCUGCUCAUCCAGGGUGUUACAAGGCACUUGUCACUAUGCUAUUUCUGGCCUCAGCAGGAACCUGUACUGGGUUAUUUUUGUCCUUGCUCCUCCCAACCCAAUUCAGGACUGCCUCACCCCUCUCCCCUGCCCAAGGCUGCAGAGGCUGUGGGAGGUGCUGGGCCCUAAAGCUGUGUGUGCAGCCAGUCCUGGCUCCCCACGAUUGACCAGCCACACACUGGGCAGGUGGCUGGGGAAGAACAAUCCCCUGAGGGCUGCUGCUUUGCUUCUUUGGCUUCAAGAAAUGUCUGUGGUCAGGCCCCAGCUCUCCUUGGUCCCUGAAAAAGCACCUGGCUAAGGGUUGGGCCUAGCCUACAGUUGAUGAGAGAGCGUGUUCCCACUGGAGAAUUGGUGCUGUGAAGCUGACGGGGCUCCCCUCCGAGGGCCAGUUUCAGGGCUGGAAGGGGAGGAAGCACGGGAAGGUGACCUGAGGAGGCUUGGCUUUGCGGAGCCCCGCUCAGGCACAGGGAGGAGGAGAUGCCAGUGCUCCUGCCUUUUGCCACAUCGGCCUCCUGCAGUGAGGGCUCUGUGGGCUGGGGCUACUGCCCCUGCCUACUUCCCACCUGUCCCCAGAGGCUGAGGAGAGGGUGUCCUGUGCCCACCACACAUGAUUAGGCCUCAGGCCCAACUCUGGUCCUGGCUGUACAACAGUGGCUGCCACUCACUUUGUCCAGAGGGUGGCUUGGAGUUGGGUGUCUUUGGGUUGCUGGAAAAGGUGUGGGAAGGUUCAGGAUGGUGGGAGGGAGUGAGGUCCCUGAGGUGAAGAGGCCCUUGGUCCUGACGGGUUUGACCUGCGCCUGGACCCUUGGAGCAGUGUUGUGUGAACUUGCUUAGAACUCUGCCUUCUCCGUUGUCAAUAAAGCCUCCCCCUCAUGACCUAAACUCUGGCUUUUCUUGCUGGGGAAGCAGCAAGCAUGCUGGUGGGAAGGGAGGCAGGGACUGGCAGCUGCCACCCCCUUCAAAAGGCGCCACAGACCCUAGCACGGAGGCCAGGGGAGGGACGGAAGGCUGGCACCUCUUCCCCCAGCUCGGGGGGAAUUUCCCCCUCCUGCCUCAGGUGGCCCAGCCCUGUCAGCCUGUCUGGCCAACUCAGCCUUUGGGCACUCACUAGGCUCUGCAGCCCUGGGCUCUGUCUCUACUCCCAGGGACCUGCUGGAAGGGUGGAGUGCCCAGGGAGAGGGGUAGAGGUGUCAUAGGCAUUAGUGUAGUAAUUGGAGCCCUAACUCUUGAGCCAACUGCCUGGGUUCGAAUCCUGGCUCUAGCUGUAUGACUUUUGUCAAGUAACUUAACCUCUCUGUGUCUCAGUUGCCUCAUCUAUAACAUGGAUGCUAAUAGUACCUACCUCAUAGAAUUGUUUUGGGAGUAAACGAAAAACAUGUAAAAUGCUGAAGUGCCUGGUCUACAGUAAGUGCUCAAUAAAUGUUAACUAUUGUGAUUGCUGCUGAAUCAGCUACAUGACGAGAAAACUGGCCAAACAAGUG